GGAAGGCAUUGGGCAUCAGCUGACAGGCAGCCCAAACUGCACAAUGCACCUCACAUCCCCUGCAAUUUCCCAUCUCCAGGCAAAUAAGAAGGGGCAGCUGUUUGGAGUACAGAAGGCCCUGGCCUAAACAAAAAUUUUAUAGGGAUUUCCUAACCAUUCUGAACCAUGUCUUUGACAAGCAUUGCCUCUUGAAGAUUACCCAUCCUCAAUGGGGAACAGCACUAACUAAUCCAGCUGUACCUCAUCCUUUCUCCAGAAGCAGAUGGAGAGGCUGUGCAGAAGAAAGGCGGUGCAUUUCCGGGAGGAAGCAGUGGCUCACUGACAGCCUCUGCUGCAGGAAGGGAGGUGAUGCCAGGCACAGCCACAGGAGAUGAGGUUUCUGGAAAGACUUCUCCAUUAGAUGGACGGCAUAAAGUUUUGAAGCCUUUGGAACCUCCUGCAGAUGCGUCUGCAGGGAGGACUUUUCCUGUUCCUUUGCUGGUUCCUUCACCAAAGCCAGGCUCUCAUCGCAGGGGUCCUCCAACAGGAAAGUACAAAUCUACAACAGAGAAGAAAGCUCAUGAGCCAUCUGAAUACAUGAGGCAAAGGACGAAGGAAAUGCAGCAGGCAGGAAAAGAAGCAGAUGGAGAGGCUGCGAUGAAGGCUCAGUUUCCCGGAGGAAGCAGUGGCUCAUUGACAGCCUCUGCUGCAGGAAGGGAGGCCAUGCCAGGCACAGCCACAGGAGAUGAGCUUGCUAGGAAGAUUUCUCCAUUAGAUUGGCUAAAUAAAGUUUUGAAGCCUUUGGAGACUCGUACAGAUGCGUCUGCAGGGAGGACUUUUCCUGUUCCUUUGCUGGUUCCUUCACCAAAGCCAGGCUCUCAUCGCAGGGGUCCUCUGAGAGGGAAGAAGAAAGCCACAGGGCACAAGGAAGCCGAUGAGCCAAAUAACAUCCUUAAACAAAUGGUGGAGGAACUGCACAAAGGGAAUGCUGAACCUGUUGGUGAAGGUGGUCUGGCUUCCCAACCCACGUUCAGGAUUGAGCCUCUGGGACAUGGCGAGGUGAUGGAGCAAAAGGCAGGACAGAAGGCAGUGUUUCCCCAAGCAAGCAGAGGCCGACUGGCAGCCCCUGCUGCAGGAGAGGAGGAGAUGCCAGACAUGGGCACAGGCACAGGAGGUGCAGCCAGCCCCACCACACGUGUUCUGGAUUCCCAGAAGGGCCCUGGAAGGGGUUUCUGGAUAGGAUUAAUAGCAGGCCUGCUUUUUUUGGAGCUUAUUUUCAUCUUAUGCUGUGUCCAAAUUUGGACUUGCUGGAAGAGAAAAGGGGAUGCCUCUGCAGAUUCACAAGACUGGCCAAAUACCCCAGCCAUGGGGAACUGGUCCUGUCAUCUCGCAUCUCCGAGCCCGUGUCUGUUGUCCCUUCCACGGCUGCAUUACCAGCUCAUUGCUAGGGACAGCUUGUUGGUAUCACCACCCAGAGCAGGAGCCUCUGUCCCCAAAGGUGCUGCCCCUGGUGUCCAGCCAGGCCAGGAGGUGCAGCCCUCCUACCAGGGAAGGGCCUGAGCCUGGCAAAAUCUUUGGGGUUCAGCUCAGGUGUGUCGGUGCUACCACCAGCUCUGGCGGAGCUGCUUGUCUGGGCACUGCCAGGGCUGGGCAGGCAGCAGCUGAGCAUGGGGCUCCUGAGACAAAGCAGCCCCAUUUUGUCUUUGUUUUACAUUUAUACACAGCAGAAGAUUUUAGAAAUAUUUAGAAACAUUUUUUGUAGAAAAAUAUCCCUAAAUAUUUCUUCCCUUUUCCUAUUGUAGUUUUGGAUUUUUCAAAGUAGUUUUAGAAUUCUGAAAAUUUUGGAACACUUUUAUGCUUGCCGAAUAAAAAAUAAAACUGCAUUUAAUUGGUGAUCAUUACUCUUAGAUGAACUAAUUCAUCACAAGACACCCAGUGUACUGGAGAGGCUCUUUUCCCACUGGAGAUUUUUACCUAGUGACAACAACAGACUUAAAGCCCUUUCACUGAUAAUUUCCGGGAUUUCUUACCAGCUCACCUCUCAGUCUUCAGAGGCAAACUUUGAGCACAGUGGGCAUCUCCUGCUGUGCAGGAGGGUCUCUGUGAGCCAGCUGACACCGGGGCCUCUUUUGCGGAGAUAAACGCAACUCCACGACUUUGUGAAAGUUGUAAAGUUGGUAUGUUUAUUACUGUGCUGGAUGCAUGUGGAGAUUCCUCUCCUUAAAAGACAUGCAUACCUCUGGGAACUCCAGAUCCUUUUUUAUCACCCUCUCAAAUAGAUAUGCAUCCAAUUUUACGAUAGGUUCCUACAUAUUCAUUUUUACAAAUUUGGUGUGACAUUUACCGCUAGUUAAUCUUUAUCAGGAAGAAUUCCCAGGUCAGGUUGGCCUGUUCUCAUAGCAGUUCCUCUGUCUCUGUGUCCCCUGCCAGCCCCUUAUCUCUGUCCUUGACUGAAGCAGUUUCUCUGAGCCUAGGCUUUUUACCAGUCAGACUAAACAGCUAUGCUUUCCAACUACAGACUUUACUCAAAGAUGUACAUUUCACCUAAAUCAAAAUGGAUUUCUACUCUGGAAAAUUUCUACUCUGUCUCUUUUCCCCCCUUUCCUAGAAAAUAAGUAAAUUCUUUUAUCUAAUGCAAAUCCCUAUGACAAUAAGUGUCUCUUAAUGCUUUACCAUGUACGUUUGAUAAGGAGGUUAACACAGCUGUUUGCUGUAGUAUUCUCCAAUAUCACAUUAGCAGUAUAAUGGAUAACCCUAAAAUUAGCUUAUUCGAGCUAAUAUUAACAAAACUACAAUGGGAUGACACAUUUUAUUAAGGAUUCCAUUGUCAGUUGGUGACCACCCAAAGAUCACAUCCCACCAGUGAUGAUCUGCAGUUUGCUUUACUCUUUGCAGAAUUCUGGUUAUUUCUUUGGUAUCAUGAGAGACAGUGAUUAGGGCUUUCUCUGUUUUCUGGAAUUUCCUUCGAGAUCUGCAGUAGGUCUUGGUGCUUAAUUAAUUGUUUUAUCAAUGUAAGGUCCAUCCCAACAGGAGUUGGUGAUAGUCUGUGUUACAUUGUGUAAUUGGUUUUAAUCAACUGGUGGGAUGUCAGGGGGGCCAUGUACAAAAAAUCACACCCGAUAAUCUUAACAACAUUGCAAAUACAAAAAUUAAAAUUAUUUCUUCUAGACAAAAUAAUAUUGUUGUUAUCAAUUUUUACAGCAGCACAAGCAGUUCUCAGGCACACAUAACUUUUACUAGUAUAUAUGAGCACAGUUUUCUGAUCAGUGACUGCAUGAAUCUCAAAGUGGCAAAUACUCUGUUCAGUGUCUAGACACACAUUUGGGCAUUAAUUGUAUUGCUUUCACAAAUGAAUCCCAGUUGUUCUCUAGUAAUGCAGGAUUCUAACUUUACUGUUUGCCUCUUUUCAUUCACCUUUCCAGCCCACACUCUAUGUUCUGAAGGGUAGAGCACUGUUUUUUCAUUAUUUAAUCCCAGUGCAGUGAUGGGGCGGAUAACAUAAACAGUGGCAUAAUGUUAGGUAAGAACAAAGGCAGUGGCCACAUUAGAAGCAGGAUCAUAGGUGAAAUUUACUAUAGUCCACCAGGAUUGAAACUUCUUUACAAAAUCAAUCACAUUAUCCCAGACAACUUCCCAAAUUUCAGCUGGAAAAUUACCUUCACCCCCUUCCCGUAUGAUCAGAGCUGCUGUUGCCUACAUCUAUAACUGUGCUUGUAUACAACUGAAAGCUAAAGACACAUUAUUUCCAACUGUACCAAGUGCUUCUAUUAUUACCCUGUGGUCUUGGCUCCCAGCCUUUUCCCACUUCGGCAGUACUUUGGAAACCUGCCACUGGCUAGUUCCUAAUGCCAAUAGAGCUGACUGUUAAGGCUGCUUCAAUUUUGCUAGGUCACCUGCUGCAGUGGCCAGCUUAUUCAUCAGUAUUUCUGAAUCAAUUCCAUUUAAAACUCUCAAUCCAUUCCCUAACAUCCAAGUUAGAUAAUUUCUUGUUCUGCUCCUGAGCUAUAUCUGUCUUUGUAACCACCUUGUGCAGCCCUCAAAGGAUGUUCUUCGGAAAGAGGAGCAGGCUGGUUGGAUUUUUGAGAUGUUAAUUUGCACUAGCAACUCAACACGUUUGAGAGACCAUUCUGGAUUGAACAACAGUUGUUUUCACUUACAUUCUUCCCUACGUAGGGGCCUGUUUCUCACACUUCAGGUUCAAGUUUGGGUUGGGUCUGAACUAUUUGAUUACUAGUGUGGGUUGUAUAAGGUCCUGCCAUUGUAAAAAGUGCAGUGUUGAUUUAAAAUUUAAAUGAGAGCUUUAUAGCAUCUCGAGCUUAAAGGCAGGUCACUUCUACAGGCUGUAUCAAGGAGAAAUUACACCAACAGUCUGGUUCACUUGGGCUAUCACAAACUUCUUGGUGCCUGUAUACGGGGAGGUUGAGACACUAAUUUCAUCUGGUUUCUCAUUAGCCGUCUCAUUGACUACCUAGCACUCUAUUUUGAUUUCUUCUCUCUUGAUCUCCUGAAGUGUCCACAGUUCUCGUUCUUGCCACUCUUGCUCCUCAUAUACCUGAUCUUCAUGAAUUACUACAGUGGACAGGUUUAGCUCUUUUAUCUUAGAAAGUUCUCCCAUGGAUCCAGUAUACAGAUUGAAAGCUUGGGACCAAGGCCAUUCAGCAUUGCUUUGGAUAGAGGUACUCUCUAAUUCUAAGACUCCAGUUAUAAUUACAUACAAAUCAAUUCUGUAAUUGAAAUGACAAACUACCCCUGGCUGCAAUAUACUCAUUUUGCCUGAGUAAGUUUUAAUCUCAGUUCAUUGUUUCUUGAUGUCCCUCUCUAAGGGGCUCCUGGGGCUUUCUUCACUCGAGAGCGAUGGAUCCAGGCAUUCUACUCCUUGGUCUGGAUUGCAGAGAAGGUGAUGAGAAGCACUUGCAGUGAUCUCUCUCACUGUGCAUCCAAAGUCUUUUCUGCAAGAGGCUUAACAUGUACAUAAUCUCUAGACUGUAUGUUAUGUACUGGUCUGUCUAGCUCUUUGCUCCGAGUUCUAGCCACGUGUUUCUCAAUUUCUCUGAGCUGUUUGCUUAAAGCCGCCAUGCAGGUGGCCAGGGUUAUCUCUCCAAUGUCGGUGGACAUUCUCUUUCGUAUUCCAUAUGGUCUUCCAUAAAGCAUUUCAAAAGGACUCAGCUUUUCUUUAGCUCGUGGUUUAGUCUGAAUUCGCAGCAGUGCCAGUGGAAGAGCCUGGGGCCAGGGCAGAUUAACAUCCUGCCCCAGUCUUACAAUCUGCUGCUUAAUCAAAUGAUUCAUUUUCUCCACCUGGCUGCUUGAUUGCGGGUGGUAUGGAGUGUGAAGUUCUCAAUCUAUGAAUCUAUGCCCAGGUGGCUA